AUGGAAUUAUUUUAUACUAACUAUUAUUUUCUUUUAGGUCGUACUGAUGCUCCAUUCAACAAAGUUAUCUUGAGAUCUUUGUUCUUGUCUAAGAUUAACAGACCACCAGUUUCUGUUUCUAGAAUUUCUAGAGCUUUGAAACAAAAAGGUGCUGCUGAAAAGACCAUCGUCGUUGUUGGUACUGUUACUGAUGACAACAGAUUGUUGGAAUUCCCAAAGACCACUGUUGCUGCUUUGAGAUUCACUGCUGGUGCCAAAGCUAGAAUCUUGAAAAACGGUGGUGAAGCUAUCACUUUAGAUCAAUUAGCUUUGAGAGCUCCAAAAGGUCAAAACACUUUGAUUGUCAGAGGUCCAAGAAACGCUAGAGAAGCUGUCAGACACUUCGGUUUCGGUCCACACAAAGGUAAAGCUCCAAGAAUCUUGUCUAAAGGUAGAAAAUUCGAAAGAGCUAGAGGUAGAAGAAGAUCUAGAGGUUUCAAGGUUUAA